AUGGCUACUUUGGAUAAUGUCUUAGGUUAUUACCAUGUGGCUAAAGAUUUAGAAUGUGUCAUCAAAGAAGGUCCUCUUGCCAGUGGCUUGGAUAAAUAUCUGGAGCACAUGGAAAGCGUUCUCAAAGCUGUCCGCUACUUUACUGACUAUAAUCCACUGGAAUUAACUGAAGUGACGCGAUUAUUCCAAGAUGGUAAAGAAGCUCUUGGGAAAGAGUUUCGGUCUCAACUGUCUCGAUAUGGCAAACCAGUUCCCCCCAUCAUUAUCCUAGAUAUGUUAGGAACAGAUGAAGAACUCCAGUCAGGCAAUGGGGAGGUCAUAGUAAUGGAACACUUGCCAGAAAAAGUUGCAAAGGAACUUGGAGAAAUUGCUCGCUGGCUGGUUACCAACGGCAACACAACAGAUUUCCUUAAUGUUUAUACAACUUCCAGAUCUGGAAUACUCGUCCGAUCUUUGCAGGGUUUGAAAGAACAUUUAAAAUCUGCCAGUGGGAGCAGUAAUUCUGGUCAUUCGCAACACUCACCUGCUUUGACUGGUAAAAUUCGUCCAACUAAAGAAAUGGCGCCUUGGAAAGCACUGAAAUUCCCUGGAUAUCUGAAGAAAGCUUCCACGUCUCUCAUCAAGUCACCUUUUGAAUCAGGUCAUCGUCGCACAGGCUCAUCUACAGAAGGUGUGAAGGAAGAUCCUGCUGAGAUUGAAAUUGAAUUCUAUAUUACAGAAAUGACAGCUCUGCUCAAAUUGAUGCAGAGUGAAGCCCAGCUCAUGAAUGGAAUAAUUCCAUCAAAAUACCAAAGAAUGGAGUUUGACAAAGUUAUUCUGCAAGCCUUGGAAAUGGUGGUCAGUGAAGGAGAGGCAAUAGCAUCUAAUGCUAAGAAGAACAUUAACCGCCAUGAAUACACAUCUGUCCUUUCAAUAUUCCCAAUUGUGCAACAUCUGCGGUCUAUCAAACCUCAGUUUGAUCUCACACUAGAGGGCUGUCAGGCUCCAACACGUGCAAAGCUAGCAUCACUUCUGUCUGUCCUGGAUUCAACAGGAGCAAAAGCACUCGAAGCGUUCAUUGAAAAUAUCAAGAUUGAUCCAGAAAAAGCAUCUAAUAUGCCUAAGGAUGGUACAGUUCAUGAAUUGACUAAUCAUACUAUAAUAUUCCUUGUGCAACUCAAAGAAUAUGCAGAAACUGCUGGAGCUAUGUUGGUGAAAUAUGCCGCUGAUCCUUCAAUGCCCUCAACAAACAAGGAUGUUGAAAAAAGCAAGCUGAAGUUGGCUGACUACAUCACUAAAGUUCUGUCUGAGCUUGGACUAAACCUGACCAACAAGGCAGAAACAUAUAGUGAUCCAACGAUGAAGCAGAUCUUCCUUCUCAAUAACUGCAAUUAUAUAAUCAAAUCACUUAAAGGGUCUGGGCUUCUGGAUUUCAUCCAUUUAUGGAACAAAGAUGUUAAAGCUUAUUAUGAUGAAAAAAUUACUGAUCACAAAAAAAAUUAUUCACAAAGUUGGAGCCGUGUUCUCCAUUAUAUCUUGGAGGUUCACAAACCAAUUUCUGUGCAGAGGGCUCAGAAUCCAGAUUUAGCUAAGUUGAAAGAUAAAGAAAGGCAAAAUAUCAAAGAUAAAUUUACAGGCUUCAACAAAGAACUUGAAGAAAUUUACCGAAUCCAGAAGAGCUAUGCCAUCCCGGACCCCGAUCUGAGACAAUCCCUCAAGCAAGAAAACAAAAAUUACAUUCUGCCCAUGUACCAAAUGUUUCACGACAAGUACACCCGGUUAAAUUUUACUAAAAACCCAGACAAAUAUAUAAAAUAUAGCGUGGAAGAUGUUGGGCGGAUGAUUGACAAGUUUUUUGAUGCCUCUGCUUAG